AGGGGGAGGAAAUAGGAGGCGCAGGAUAUAUCACGGCUGCAAAACCGGAGCGUGGAGUAAACAGUUGGAGAUUCGAGUAGAGGAACCUUGAGAGCAGCUCGGAAUCUGUGUGUCAUCCGGUGCAUGUGGACUGACUGACAACGUGGAAGGGAUGGUGCUGUGCUGGUUAAUGUUGAGUUUGGUUCUCCAAACUCUCCACGCCCACAAUGACUUCUUCACAUCUAUUGGCCAGAUGACGGACCUGCUGUACACAGAGAAGGACCUGGUAACAUCACUGAAAGAUUACAUCAGAGCUGAAGAAAAGAAACUGGCGCAGGUUAAACAAUGGGCUGAGAAGUUGGACUCUUUGACAAUAACGGCGAUGGAGGACCCUGAGCGCUUCGUAGGUCACCCGGUCAACGCCUUUAAGCUGAUGAAGAGACUGAACACGGAGUGGGCCGAUGUGGAGAGUCUCGUACUCAGUGACACCACUGACGGUUUUAUCUCGAAUUUGACGGUACAGAAGCAGUACUUUCCCAAUGAUGAGGAUGAAAAAGGAGCAGCGAAAGCUUUACUGCGACUGCAGGACACGUACCAGCUCUCAGCCAACACCAUUUCUGCUGGAGAUCUGCCUGGUGUGGUCCAUAAGAGCCGUAUGACGGUGGAGGACUGCUUCGAGCUGGGGAAGGUGGCGUACUCGGAGGCGGAUUACUACCACACCGAGCUGUGGAUGACUCAAGCGCUCAAACAGCUGGACGAAGGAGAGGACUCGCCCGUGGACAAAGUGACCGUCAUGGACUACCUCAGCUAUGCCAUUUACCAGCAGGGCGAGUUAGACCGCGCGCUGGAGCUCACCAAGAGGAUGCUUAAGCUGGAUCCCACUCACCAGCGUGCCAACGGAAACCUGAAGUACUUCGAGGUCCAGCUUGAGAAGCAGAGGAAAGAGGAAGAAGCUGCAGAAGGUCAAACGGGAGAGAAGAGACAUGUGGAUAAACGGGACGUGCAGAUGAGGCGCUCCAGAGACCCACUGCCCGAGAGGAAGAGAUACGAACAGCUAUGCAGAGGAGAGGGAGUGAAAAUGACUCGUCGCAGGCAGAGUCGUCUGUUCUGCCGAUACGUCGACAACAAUCGCAAUCCUCGUCUGCUGUUGGCUCCCAUCAAGCAGGAGGACGAGUGGGACCGCCCACACAUUGUCCGCUACUACGACAUCAUCUCCGAUUACGAGAUCGGAAAGGUCAAGGAACUCGCCAAGCCCAGGCUCCGGAGGGCCACCAUCUCGAACCCCGUCACAGGCGUGCUCGAGACUGCCCCCUACAGGAUCAGCAAGAGGCGUGCCACAGUGCAUGACCCAGCUACGGGAAAACUCACCACGGCUCAGUACAGAGUCUGCAAAAGUGCCUGGUUAACAAGUGACGAGCACCCAGUGAUCGAGAGGAUCAACCAGCGUAUCGAGGACGUCACGGGUCUGAACAUGCUCACAGCCGAGGAGCUGCAGGUAGCAAAUUAUGGUGUUGGAGGACAGUAUGAGCCACAUUUUGACUUUGGAAGGAAAGAUGAGCCAGAUGCAUUUAAAGAACUUGGCACAGGGAACCGAAUCGCCACCUGGCUCUUUUAUAUGAGCGACGUGGCAGCAGGGGGCGCUACAGUUUUCACAGAUGUUGGAGCUGCAGUUUGGCCCAAAAAGGGAACAGCAGUUUUCUGGUAUAACCUGUUCCCUAGUGGAGAGGGGGAUUAUAGCACAAGGCACGCCGCCUGUCCUGUACUGGUGGGCAACAAGUGGGUGUCGAACAAAUGGGUCCACGAGAGAGGGCAGGAAUUUAGGCGACCCUGUGCCCUCAGUGAAACCGAAUGACGAACAGAAAACCUUUCUUCCUCCUCCUCCUCCUCCAUCCAUUACACCUUCAGUACACUGACAAUCUCGAAUUAGAUUUGCCAUUGCUCUUUACUUUUAGAGCAGCAACUGGUCUGUUUCACAUGUAGAAAUGGUCAACAUUAAGGACACACACACACACACACACAGAGUCUAACAGAGUCUAAACUUUAACCACUGAAGCGGCCAAGCACUCCAAACAUAAAAAAUAAAGGAAUUAAACACAGGCGUUGUUUAUGUAAGAGUUCAACUCUGACCAAAGGAGCCAUUAUAUAUACAGAAAUAAAUCAGGGUUGGACCGUUCCAGCAGACGUUCAGUCUUUUUCUUUUUUUUUACAAAACCCAAAUUCCUGGUGUGACCAAGUGUUAUGUUUUUUCCCUUUUUUUGUUUCUGGGUUUCAUUUUUAUUUAUCUGAAGAGGUCAAAACCUUUCGUGUUGUUUCGUUGUCUGUGCAAAUGUUAUAAAGUGUCGUGUUUUCUAUGGAAAUAAAAAACAAUGUGCCUUUCA